AUGUGUAAAAGUUAUAUAAAAUUUGAAGGAAAAAUACAAUCUAUUGCACUUGUUCAAUUCUGGCCUGGUAAUAGGUGUAAAGGUGGACACUGUGCCAUCCCAAAAACAACACCUUUUGUCAAAGAAGGAUUUAUGUUAAACGGGUUUUGGCCUCAGAUUAGGGUUAAUGCAAAAUUGAGGUGUUGCCUAUUCAAACUGGACUUAAAACGUGUAGAAAAUAUCAUUUUCAGAAAUAGACCACUUGUGGAAAUGAUUCACAAAAAUUGGAUGUCGUUUCAACAAUGUGGAUAUGCCAUGUACCAAUUUGACACACACGGAACGUGUGCAAUGCAAAUUUAUCACGGACCACGCGGGGUAAUCGAAUACAUGAAAACUGCAAUUCAUUUAUUUAACAAAUAUGACGCUUGGGAGAUAUUAAAACAAAGUGAACUUAAAGUCCAGACCAAUAAAUUGUAUAAGAUUCAAGACUUGAAAGUUAUUUUACAAAAGGUAUAUGGAGAAGAACCGGUCUUCUUUUGUCAAUAUAGAAACCUGGUAAGAGAUUUUAGAAUUUGUUAUGACCCUAGGACUAAUAAGGAAAACCCACACCCAAUCAGAUGUCCUGAAAAAUUCUUUCAAAAAGAAAAAGAAAAAUGUGACGAAGAAAUACUGUUUGAACUUUUCCCAAUGGAAUUAACAAAGCCCGAAACUGCUCCUCGAAACAAUUGUCCUUAUUAA